CGUGGCGUUUUGACUUGGUUUCCAUGGAAACGCUCAGAUUUAACGUUAGACUUUAGAUACAAGCGCAAAAAGAAACGAAUGAAAGCUAACAACGUUGCGUAAAUCGUUGUGUAAGUCCUGCUUUGUAAAUGAUCUUUUACAAACAAUGGAGACAUCUGAGAAGACAAAUAAUCAAACGCAUGAAGCUGGACAAAGUUUAUUUCCAACUGCUGUGUCAGAGGAGAAGCUGGAUGAGGCCCGGAGAAAAAGCACUUUCAGCGGCUUUAGGAAGCAUCUUCAGGCAACCGGAGAGAAUCAGCUUCAAAGAUCAGACUUCCAGCCAGGAAGCAUCAUCGUUCAGAGCAAAGCUGCAGAACAUUACAUAAAAGGAAAAGAAGCAGUGGAGAAGUCUGAGUUUGAGAAGGCUGUGGUCUGCUUUUCCAAAGCCAUCGUUCUGCGUCCUGAACUGGUUCAGCUGCAUGUGAGCCAGGGGGAGGCAUAUAUUCAGCUGUGUGACUUCGAGUCAGCAGCUGAAUGUUAUAAACGAGCCUGUUUCCUGGAGCCUGGAGCUUACAACGCUCGUUUAGCCUUCAUCUACAACCAGCUGGGUCAGUAUUUGUUUGACGGAGGCCUUUUCCUCGAGGCUCUGCAGGCGUUCAGGAACGUUGCUGAGCUGAAGCCAGACGACAGGACCUACAGAACUAGAAGUUUGGCCUGUCUGACAGCUGCAGGUCGACACGCCGACUGUCUGAAGGAGCUGAACGGUUUGAUCACAGAGAGUCCCACUGCUGAGCUUUACGUCUUCAGAGCCCGAGUUCACAAGGUGAUGAACCAGACAUCUUGUUGUGUCCGAGACGUGAAGUCAGCGCUGGCGUUGGACCCGACGUGUCGGGAGGCCGAAGCCCUGCUGCUGCAGCUCAAGGAGGCCAGUGAGGAGGCCAGACAACAGGCUGUUCUCAGAAUGCUGUCAGACAAACUGCAGGAGGCGCUCUGCUUGAUCAACACCGCCCUGGAGAGCAGUCCGGAAGAUGGACGGCUCUACCUGUUCAGAGGGAUUCUGUACAGACGUCUUAAGGAAUUUACCUCCGCCAUCGAGGACCUGGUCCAGGCUGCUGAGCUCAGUGAGCUGGAGGAGAAGAAGGUCAGGAAGGUCAAAGAGGAGACAAACGAGAGCUGCUCUGUCCAAGAGGAGGUGCAGCUUCAGCUGGCUCUCACCUACAACGACUUUGCUGUCCAGUGUUUCAGCAGAGGCCUCUACGCUGAGGCCACUCUUCUUCUGAACAAGGCCAUCAAGGAGGAGAAGAACCUGGCCGGCCUGUACCUGAACCGAGGAGACUGUUUCUUCAAGCAGGGCGAUUGGUGUUACGCUCUUCUCGACUACCAGCAAGCUGAGGAGAUGAUGAGCUCUGAUGAGCCCGCCGUGAGGCUCCGUCUGGCCGUCAUUCACAACACAUUGGGCUCUUUCUGCUUCCAGGACGGGCGUUUCCAGGAUGCCGUCGACAUGUUUUCCCUGGCCAUAAAGUACAACCCUACAGUCAGCCAGUACUAUGAGAACAGGUCAAAGGCUCUGCGCAGGGUUCAGAACCUACGGGGGGCUAGAGAGGACUUCCUCUGCAUGCUGAUCUUGGACCCCAACAAUGAGGAGGCUCCUCCGAUGAUGAUGAAUCUGUUCCCUGGCAGCACCAUGUCUGAGGUGAUGUCCAGCACAAAGGAACGAGCACUCCGAGCUGAGCUGACAAAAACCAUCCAGGCCUGGAAUUCAUCUUCUGAUCCACAAAGCCUGAAUAAAACUCUGAAGAAGAUGACUCUGACCGAGACGAAGACAGAGAGGGAUUCAGCCAAUCUGUCCGAAGCUGCGCAGGAGCUGAGCCUGUGUGUGAACAUAAAGGACCUGCAGAAAAUAGCAAAGGCCCUUCUGCAGGUACUGGGAGAACAAUCAGGUGGAGGACGCUGUGGAGUCGUUCGUCCCCGACUGUCCAGUGCUGCACCACAAUAGGACAGAUCACACCUCAGACUGUCCACCAGCCGCAUCAACGCCAUCCACAUCUACUCAUCCACCUUCAGGAGAUCCGAGCUGUCCGGGGUCUGCAACCCAGACCUGACUGAGAACAAUAACCCAAUUUUUCAUACCCAUGCAAACAGUUUAGUUAUAUUUACUGGUUUUUAUUUUUCUACUUCUUCCAAAUUUUUUAGUACCGUAAUUUGCUGUUGGUUCAGUUUAGUUUACAGCAAUUGUAGAAUAAAUAAAAAAUUGUUUUCAUACAAUAAGUUCUACCGAAAGACCUGACCACUAAAACAUUUAGAAAACCAUAAAUAAUAAAACUAAAAAUCUUCUACAAAAGAAAAUGUUGGGUUGUGGAAAUAUUGACAUAUUUCUUAUAUUUGCAUGACACAAAAUUGUUGAUCCUUUUGAAAAUGAUGCAGCAUGUUCACUGAAAAUAAGAUAAAAUUCAUGCAAAUCAC